AUGACGUUUUGGACCUACAAGGGCGCCGAGUUCCCCGUGCCUUACAGCUCGCGCUUUUUCGUGAUCAAGUCCUACAGCGUGAUGGACGUGCACGCGUCAUUUGAGCACGGCAUCUGGACCUCGACCGAGAUGGGCAACCGGCGACUCGACCGCGCCUUUCGCGAGCUGCGCGGAGGCGCAUUUGGCGGCGCCGGCAAGGUGUUUUUGUUCUUCCUGGUGAAUGCCCUGGGCCGCUUCUGCGGCGUGUGCGAGAUGGUUGGUGCGGUGGAUUUCACGCGCAGCAGCGGCGUGUGGAGCGAGCAGGGCAAGUGGCGCGGCGUUUUCGCCGUCGAGUGGAUGAUGGUGGCAGACGUGCCCAACCGGUGCUUGCAGCACUUGAAAGUGGCCGGCAACGAGGACCGCCCGGUGACGUGUUCGCGGGACACGCAGGAGAUUCCGUUUGAGACGGGCGUGGCAAUGUUGAAGAUUGUGAGCUCGCGUCAGGGGCAAGACUUGUAG